GCGGCCAUUAGAGAACCUCCCAACCUUGGCUGGAAAACCUUUUGAAGGUGGAGGGAUGUCGAGGGAAGAACUGCAGAGUGCUUUGUCGUCUUCAAUGUGUGGAUUUGCUCCGGAGAUUGCUGCUUAUACGAGCAAUCCGCAGCAGCAGGGCACGGUCAAGAGGAAGAGAAAUCUUCCAGGCACUCCAGGCAACCCUGAGGCGGAGGUGGUUGCCUUGUCGCCGAAGACUCUCAUGGCUACGAACCGGUUUGUCUGCGAGAUCUGCGGCAAGGGCUUCCAGAGAGACCAGAACCUGCAGCUCCACCGGCGCGGCCAUAACCUGCCAUGGAAGCUCCGGCAGAGAAGCAGCAAGGAGUUGAGGAAGAGAGUGUACGUGUGCCCGGAGAAGAGCUGCGUGCACCAUGACCCCACUAGGGCGCUUGGUGACCUCACGGGGAUCAAGAAGCACUACUGUAGAAAGCAUGGGGAUAAGAAAUGGAAGUGUGAGAAAUGCUCGAAGAGGUAUGCAGUUCAGUCUGAUUGGAAGGCACAUUCUAAGACUUGUGGAACCAAAGAAUACAGGUGUGACUGCGGCACACAGUUCUCCAGAAAAGACAGCUUCACGACACACAGAGCAUUCUGCGAUGCACUGGCCCAAGAGACAUCAAGAGUUGCACCGGACCCUUUUGUGGUGCAAGUUUCACUGCCUCCUACUUUUCCUCCCCUCAUGAGAGGCAGCGAUAGUCAGUGGCUCAGGGCCAUGGACGCCGGCCGGCUUCCUGUCUCCGGCCUGCAUCAACUUCUUCCGUCCAACCCGGCCGAUGGGUACACAAGCUUUCUUAACAGCUGCUUGGCGGCCAAAGGGUCCGCGAUGGAGUUCGGAAAUUGUUCAUCACUCUAUGGCGCGGGCUUGGUGCUCACCAGCUCUUCCUCUCCCACUGCAACAACCAGCAGAUCGUUCAGCACGCCUGCCAGCAUCGUCACAGCUUCCGGCCUUGGUGCCGGCAGCAGCAGCAAUAGGUUCCAUCAGUACCACCAAGAAGUCGCUCACCCUGCUUCUGCCCAUAUGUCUGCAACUGCACUGCUGCAGAAGGCAACAGAGAUCGGAGCAAUGUCGAUAACUGAUGCAUUUCUUCGCGGAAACUCGGCAGUACUGGAUCAAGGACCGCAGCCAUUUCUUGGAAACCACUCUGUGGGGCUACUGCAACAAGAACAGAGUCUUCAGAAAAACACAGAGCUCAGUAGCAGUAGCACUGGUACGUCUCGCAGCCUUAGGAGUGAGAUGAUGGUUCGCAAGCGCGAUAGUGGAGAUGGAGAGACGAGGGACUUUCUGGGUGUCGGCGAUGGUGGAAGCCUUUUCGUGAUGCCAAAGUCUAAUGUCUUCAUAAACUAG